AGAUUUUAUGGAGCAUAUUGAAGUCUCAGGCCCAGAGGAGAGCAAAGAGGAGAUUCCCGUUCUUGCCUGACGUCACAUCCUGAAGAUUCGCUCCUUUCUCUCAAGGCGUUGACAGUUUCAUAGCAAAUGUCUCUGGUGUGAAGAAAACUGUAAUUUCUCCUAAGCUAUUUACACCUCAGCGCGCCUGUGUUCAUUAGCCGGUCGCGUGAGAAGUCCUGGAGAGCAAGGCCCUGGAGGCCUCCGCUGGAGUCUCCAGGUUGAAGAAAGACAAAUGUGGGGGCACGCGUGGGUGAGGGAAGUGGUAUUGGGUCUACUACAAUGUCGCUCCCGUGUUAGACUAACUUACGGCCACACACCCGGUGGCUGGGCUUCCCAGUUGGCAUUAGUGGUAAAGAACAUGGCUACCAAUGCAGAAGACAAAAGACACGAGGGUUAGAUCCCUGGGUCGGGAAGAUCCCCACCUAGAGGAGCAAAUGGGAACCCGAACCAGGAUCUUUGCCUGCAGAAUACCAGAGGAGGAGCCUGGCGGGUUAUAUAUAGUUCAUGGGGUCGCAAAGAUUCGGACACAACCGUGCGACUCCGCAGGCACGCACGCACCCAGUGGCUGACACGUGGUGGAGCUCAAUAGACAGUCCAUGAAUGAUUCUGGAGCUCCAUCCAAGCCUGCAGGAGGUGUUAGGCUGUGGGAACGCGCCCUGCAGAAAGGCGCGCCGCGGAGUGUAACCAAGUUCUGGGAGCUGGAGACCACGGCGGCUCCCACCGCCCGCCCUCGGUAAACUCGUGCAGAUGGCAGAUGAUCAAGGCCAUAUUGUGGAGCAGGGACCUGAGGAUCCCGAAAACAAUGAUACAGUUGAUGCAAAGCCAGACCGGUCCUCUUUUGUCUCAUCGAUCUUCAGUAAGAAGAAGAAAAUUGACUCAGGGAAAUCAGUCAACACCCCCCGGGACCGAGUGCCUUCAUAUCAGUAUAACAUGAAUUUUGAGAAGGUGGGCAAAUGCAUCAUCAUAAACAACAAGAACUUCGACAGAAUAACAGGAAUGGGUGUCCGCAAUGGCACAGACAAAGAUGCAGAGGCUCUUUUCAAGUGCUUCCGGAGUCUGGGUUUCGAUGUGUCUGUCUAUAACGACUGCUCUUGUGCCAAGAUGCAAGAUCUGCUGAAAAAAGCUUCUGAAGAGGACCACAGAAAUUCAGCCUGCUUCGCCUGCAUCUUAUUAAGUCAUGGAGAAGAAAAUUUAAUUUAUGGAACAGAUGGCAAGACAGCAAUAAAGGACUUGACAGCCCAUUUUAGGGGGGAUCGAUGCAAAACCCUGUUAGAGAAACCCAAACUCUUCUUCAUUCAGGCUUGCCGGGGAACAGAGCUUGAUGACGGGAUCCAGGCUGACUCAGGACCUAUCAAUGACACAGAUGCCAAUCCCCGAUACAAGAUCCCAGUUGAAGCCGAUUUUCUCUUUGCCUAUUCCACAGUUCCAGGCUAUUAUUCAUGGAGGAACCCAGGGAGUGGCUCCUGGUUUGUGCAGGCCCUCUGCUCCAUCCUAAAUGAGCACGGGAAGAGCCUGGAGAUCUUGCAGAUCCUCACCAGGGUGAAUGACAGGGUGGCCAGGCACUUUGAAUCCCAGUCUGAUGACCCACGCUUCCACGAGAAGAAGCAAAUCCCAUGUGUGGUCUCCAUGCUCACCAAGGAACUCUACUUCUGAAGAUAACCAUUCCAGGGGUGCAUUCCAGCUGAGAAGCUACAAAUCAUUUGUUGAUGAAUCAGAAAUUUUUUUUGUAAUGCUCUCAAAAGAUCCAGAAAUUCUAUAAGAUUUUAAUUUCAGGAAAAUUAUUGAUUCAAUGGGAAAGAAACUGGUGCUGUCUUAAGGUCUCUGAAUUUUCAGAGACUUUUUUUUUACAUUGUUAACUGUUUGAUGACUUUUUCUCUCACGACUCAUUUUCUGUUUGUCUUUCUCCUUGUUGUCGCACUUAGUACAUACAACAAAAAUGACCUCUGCAGAUGACUUUUGACUGUGUCCACCGUGACUGGUGGUGACUUUGGUAGACUGUCAGAGUCAUAUUCGUACCUGGCAAAGAGAGUCCUUGACAAAAAACAGCCAAAGGGAUG